UUCAUCUCCUCCCCGCUGUUCCUCCCAGCCAUGCACCCUCCCCCGUCGCUCCUCUCCCUCCUCCUCCACCUCUCCCUGUACCCCAGUGCAUGCUGGUCCUCCAGGAUCAUCGUAGUCCCUCCCAUCAUGUUUGAGUCCCAUCUCUACAUCUUCAAGACCCUGGCCACAGAACUCCACCUCCAGGGACAUGAUACUUCCUUCCUGCUGUCAGAGGGGCGCCAGGUGCCCCCUCCCCCCACUACACCUUCCAGCGUUACCCAGGCAUCUUCAACUCCUCCACAGCCGACAGUUUCCUCCAGUCAAAGGUCAGCAACAUCUUCUCUGGUCGUCUCACGGCGUUGGAACUCUUCGACAUCCUCGACCACUACGCCCAGAACUGCGACGCCGUUGUGGGAAACAAAGAGGUCAUGACCCAACUCAAGGAUGCCAAAUUUGACCUUUUAUUGGUCGACCCCAACGAGAUGUGUGGGUUCGUGAUCGCUCACAUCCUCGGGGUUCCCUACGCUGUCUUCUCCACGGGCCUAUGGUACCCAGCGGAGGUCGGGGCUCCUGCCCCUCUCUCGUACGUCCCAGAGUUCAACUCUCUCCUCACCGAUCAGAUGUCUCUAGUCCAGAGGAUUACCAACACGGCGGUGUACCUGGUAUCCCGUUUCGGUGUUCAGUACCUGGUGUUACCUAAGUACGAGCGCAUCAUGAGGAAGCACGGCGUGGAGCCGCGGGUGGCCAUGCAGGAUCUGGUUCAGGGGAGCAGGCUGUGGAUGUUGUCUACUGAUCUGGCCCUGGAGUUUCCGAGGCCCACUCUACCACAUGUUGUCUAUGUAGGGGGGGUACUGACCAAACCUGCCAGCCCGUUACCUCAGAUACAAGCUCCACCAGAGCGGCACGGUCGUUCGGCACGGUCGUUCGGCACGGUCGUUCGGCACGGUCGUUCGGCACGGUCGUUCAGCACGGUCGUUCGGCACGCCAUCGUCCUCGGUGGGCAAAGAGUAGCAGGAUUUAACACAGUGGACCUCUUCAGAGGAACUCCUACUAACACACUGAUCCUGGACCAGAACUGGACCAGAACUCCUACUAACACACUGAUCCUGGACCAGAACUGGACCAGAACUCCUACUAACACACUGAUCCUGGACCAGAACUGGACCAGAACUCCUACUAACACACUGAUCCUGGACCAGAACUGGACCAGAACUCCUACUGACACUGAUCCUGGACCAGAACUGGACCAGAACUCCUACUGA